AUGGCUACAUUUUUACCAUCUAUUUUUGUACCUCUUGUGGGUCUCGUUUUCCCUGCUGUAACAAUGGCAGCACUUUUCUUAUAUAUUGAAAAAGAGCAAGUAAGUUAA